AAUAUGAAGGGAUACCUAAUUUUUGCUGUUCUUCUAAUCCUUACCGUUGGAACUAAGUUGGUGUUUGGUGAUUGCCUUUCUGGAAGAUAUGGAGGUACAUGUGCAGUUUGGGACAAUGAUGCUUGUCGCAGAGUAUGCCAUGAAGAAGGAAUCGGUGGUGGGCAUUGCAGUGCCAGCCUGAAAUGUUGGUGUGAAGGAUGCUGA